AUGGCACCGCCUCAAUACAGCUUUAUGGACGAUUACAGCGAGGGUGCACACCCCCAACUUCUCGAAGCUCUUGUGCGCACCAACUCGACCCAGCAAGUCUCCUAUGGAAACGAUGAACACAGCAACAAAGCCCGCCAAUUAAUUCGGACCAAGCUCUCUGCCACCGAGGAUGAGGUGGCUAUUCACUUUGUGCCUAGCGGAACUUCCGCCAAUCUCAUCUGCAUCGCGAGCUGCUUACGACCUUUCGAGGCGGUCUUAACCGUCGAUUCAGGACAUGUUGUUAGUAAAGAAGCGGGUGCUAUUGAGGCUACUGGACACAAGAUGAUCGUUGUCCCUGGGGUAGGAGGAAAAAUGACGCCCGAAAAUCUAGAGAAAGCUGUUCGCCAGAAUCAGUUCUUCCCGCACAACGCUAAACCGCGGUUGGUCUAUAUAUCCAAUGCUACGGAGCUGGGAACGAUUUACACCAAGCGAGAAUUGGAAAGUCUCAGUGCCGCGUGCAAACGUUGGAACCUGUUGCUUCUCAUGGAUGGCGCCCGCAUUGGAGUAGCACUGAGUACCCCCUCAAAUGAUUUGACACUGCGAGACCUAGUCGACCUAACCGACAUUUUCUGGAUUGGUGGUACCAAGAAUGGCGCAUUACUGGGGGAGGCAAUUGUUGUACGGAACCACCUGGUGGACGGCUUUGCUUUUUACUUGAAGCAACACGGUGCAUUGUUGGCCAAGGGUCGCAUAAUAGGUGUUCAGUUUGCAGAGCUCUUCCGGGAAAGCCUCUUCUUUGAGCUUGCAGCGAAUGCCAACAACGUGGCCCAGAUGAUCUCAGACAAUUUUCAGAAGCUGGGUUAUCAACUAUCCGCGAAAACCGAGACGAACCAAGUAUUUGUGAGAUUGCCGGAGAGCUUGGUUAAACAGCUUGAAGAACGGUUUCGCUUUUAUAUUUGGGAGCAUCUCGACGAUCAACAGGUUGUGGUUAGGAUCGUUACGUCGUGGGCUACGGAUACAUCAAUGGUGGAUAAGUUCAACGCGAAAGCGAAAGUCAAGUGUUUUCAUGAGGGCCAUCCUCCAUGUCGUCGAUGUCAACGGGGAAAUCGACACGGUUGUGUGCUCACAGAUCCGCGAGCUGUGGUUGACAAUGUUACAAUCAAUCCCGUGGACUCCAGCGAUACCCCCCAACUUACGCCUUCCAACCCGGUUGCUUCUCUGUCUCCGUCCACCCUCAUCAGCGCCUGUGACACUUACCGUAAGAAGUUCCCUGUAGCGAACUUUCUUCACUACCCUUCGCUUAUUGCCAACAUCUCGGCCAAUCCCUCUUAUGUGGACUCGGUGUUCGUUGCCUCAUUGCUCUCCCUCUGUGCCCGCUUCCUUCCGGAGUAUGACCUGGACCCUGGCGAAACAUAUGCAGAGUUUGCACGCUCCGAACUGGCUCGUAAGGCCUUCGAAACCCCCUCAUUAUCCCUGGCACAGUCUUUGGUGAUGCUUGUAUUCUACGAGUGGGGUUCAGGGCGCCCAUAUAAAGCGUGGAUGUAUAGUGGGAUGGCAACUUACAUGAUCCAGUCUUUGUUAAAGACAGCGGACGAUAGCAUGGAACACAACCCAGAUGAAUUCCAUGCUUCUCAAAUCCAGUAUGAGCAGCUUGUCCGCACGUAUUGGGUUUGCUUCGCCCAAGAUUGCGAGCUAAGCUCAGGAGCUCGCCAGCAUUUUGCUCUCUCCUUUCGUCAUAUUUCCGUUCCCCUACCGGUCAGCGAUCAUGAUUUUAAUUUCGGCCGCCGGGGGCCACCUAGAUUGAUGCCGGCGGAUCUUACUCGAGGCUCCCCGCUGUGCGUGAAAUUGACUAUUGAACAUGGCCUGACGGUCGUAACGCGCGGUUUUGAUAUCUUCGUGCGCAUCUUACGUUAUGCUAAUGAGAGUCGUCGCGGUCGAGUGUCGUUAACGACGACGGCGCCAUCAUCACCACAGCAAACCUGGCAAGUCCUCAAAGAAGAGCUGGAUGAAUGGAGGUCCCUGCAAGACUCGACUAUUCAGUACCCGGCUACAAGUGUCCAAGUACAUGUUGCUCUCGGAUACGGGGAACGAUUUGCUUAUAUCAAUCUGAUAUAUUUCAUGAGCAUCCUUUUCCUUUAUCGAGAUCAGCUUUUGUCUAGUUUAAAGCAGAUCCAUGAUCCACGCCAUAAUCCUCAAUGUUCAACCAGCUCGGACGGGCCCACUUGGAGCGAAGGUGCCAUUGACCGUCUUUUUGAAGCAGCGCAGAAUAUUGGAGGUAUUUUAUCAGCUUUGGAAACCUGUUCAGCGUUCGUCAUCACUCCAUAUGCCGGGUUCAGCAUCUUUGUUGCUGCCCAUAUAAAUAUGUACGGCACUGUGUCACCACUGCGAUAUCCAGGCGGACAAGAGCGCGCAGAGGAUGAGAAGAAGGCUAAUUUCUCAUAUCUCGAGCGGCUGUGCGAAUUUUGGCCGGUUGGUCACAACUGGUGGCGAGCCGUACAGGACGCAAACAAAUUCUACGAAACGGCUAGGAAUAACCAGGAACAUGCCCUUUCAGGUGACCGUUCUGGCCAUAUAACUCUGGCAGGGACUCUUGAUGAAUAUGGGGACAUACGAUCUUCUCGUCCGCGGAAUGAGCCGUCCUCAAAUGCGAGCCAUAUUCCGCUGCAUAGGGGACAAACUAAUUCCCCUUCUCAGUCACGUUUACCGUUUAAUGACCAAUUUAUAUUGGAUGCCCAGGAAUUGGAGACGGACAUGUUGCAAUGGCCCUUUAUUGAUGAAACUUGGUCAUCUGGGUUUGAUACGGGGUUUGACGCUGCGUGGCCUAGUUUUGGCUAA